AAUUAAGGCAGGUCUGAAGGCGAAAGGGGGUCAAACACCGUAUUAGUAUGGUGUUCCUAAUAAUCCUUUAGGUGAGUGCAAGUCCAUUUAAUACUACAGUGUAGAAAACAGACAUAUGAAGAUCUCACUCUUUGUGCUUGAGUAGACUUACAGUCCUUCUAUCCUCCAGCUCAGUUUUGCAGAGUUUUAGUCAUUGUCCUGUCUUGUGAAGCCUGAAUGCCUCAGAAAUUAGAGUCUCAGGUAUCCAACUCAGAAUAUUCCAGUUAGUGACAAGCCAUGACCAGCUCAAUUUGGCAAAUUAGCUAAAUAUUUUACAGCAGUGGCUACUGCUUUAACCAUCUGUCAUGUUUAGCAGAAAAGUAAAACUAUUUAAGGGCAGUAAAAUCUUCUACAUCAAAACAUGCUGUUUCACAUGACCGAAAACAAGUGUCUUCUCUGACAUCAGUGGAAUGUUAAUAAAAUCAACUCACCCAACGAGACACAAACCUUCUUAUGUCAUACCAUGCAAUGGAGAUUUAUGGGAAAUGCAGUGCAUAUGUUAUCUUUGCAUGUCAAUAGUAUGGUCUUUGUUUUGUUGAUUCGGAUGUAUGAAUUGUAUGAUAAUUUGACCUUUAAUCUACUAGUAACAUAAGCCAUUUCAGGAAUACCAAGGUCUUUGAUUUGCAGAGCGCCAAUAAUACUUCUCUGAUGAAAGAAGGAACAAAAUAAGCAGUAGUUGAGAUAGUGAAGUUGCUCUGCGUAUUUUAAACUUCAACUUCCACCAAUAUGGUCAAAACUCCACCAAAGUUUUACUGUAGCAACACAAACAAAUCAAUGCUGAAAUAAUCUGUUCAAUAGAAAAAAGUUUGGUAACGCAUUACAUUAACUGCAUCUUCAUAAUACCUUUAUAAUGCAUUCAUAGAACAUUUUUAAGCAUCAUGUAAGUAUACCUUAACAACCUAACAUACCUUAACCAUUUUAAUAUAUAAUGCAUUACCUAAAGUUCCUUAAUCAAAUAGUGAAUUUCAGGAAAUCAAAUCAAAUCACUUUUAUUGUCACUUCGCUAUAACGAGUGAACUAGUGAGCAAAAGGUUUGGGUGAAGAGUUCCCCAUCAGCGGUGCAGUACACCACAUGCGGUCUAACUGUUGAAUUACCUAUUAUACUCCAAAUAAAGCUAUACGUCUAACACGUGCUAAUUAUUUUAUCAUGAAUUCUAUAGACAUCUCACCUCGAUUUUAGUUUAUUUAGCUUUUAGCUUUACCGUUUAGCAUUAUAAUAGGCAGGGGCGCCGUAAAAGGGGGAAAGUUAGGAUGCUUCCAAGGGCCCCUGAACGAUAGGGGCCCUAAAACGUUUGGAACAUAAUUGGAUUGGUCUGGGCAUGGGGUCCAAAAUCUCUAGCAGCACCCCCUGAUAGUAGGAAGUAGAAUAUAUACCAGCAUAAACAUAAAAUAAAUACCAGCAUAAAUGAUAAAAUAAAUUAACAAAUUCAGUUUUCCCCUUUUUAUUUAAAUUUAUUUGUCCUUUCUAUGUGUGUGCUGCAUGUCUCCAUGUGUGUGCUGCUCCUUGCUGCUUAAUGCACGAAAUUUUCCUCUGGGACCAACAAAGUAUGUUUUAUCAUAGGCGCGUCACUAGAUAUUAAUGAAAACGUUGCCUUUAACAAGCGUAUAAUGCAAGGACUAGUAAAACGUGUGUUAAUUUUGUGCUUCUGUGUAUCACAAUGAAACCAAAUAGACCAUAUAAAAAAUUUUUGAAUUUUUAGAUAGUCUUUUGCUGUAUCAUAAAUCAGUUUUAUAUACUGCAAUAAAAUAGCUCCAAACCUGCAUCUUUAAGAAAGCAUAGGUUACUACGUAUUUUUACAUGCACGACUGAAUUGCGCAUCUCAGGAAAACCACAAGUCACCUGGUAUCUGCAGUUAAAAUUAUAAUUAUUACUUUUUACUUUUAAGAUUCCAAACUAUAUAAUAAAAACGCUUAUUGUGUUAUUAAACGCUGAUUAUACAUUCUUACUUAUUGCAGCUCGUAAUCGUUAUUAAGUAAUAGUUUCCAAAAAGGGAAGUUUCGUGAACCCGAUUAGCUGUCAUAAGUAGGAAAUAGGAAAUCGAGAGCGUGUCGCUUUCAAUUCGCAACGUGUGUAUAGAUUUAAGCCUAUAAUUGUACCCAGUUAUAAUACAACAUUUUACGGAGGCGCGUUAUUUGAGUACUUUGGGUAUUUCAGUAGCUUAUGCAUGCCUGACCCAAAGUCCAUGCGCAUUAAAAUGAUAAUUUUAAUUAAGACAGUAAAACGGGUUUAGAAGCAGUGCUUUUCAGUGAAAAGAGUUCUUUGUUUGUAGUGUAGCGAAGAACAAUUACUGAGAGUUGGUCACUGUCAUUUAAGAACAGACUGAUUUGAUCUGACUACUGUAUGUAAUACCAGCCUGGCCCUAAACAGUACUAGCUUUGUAGUUAAAAGAUGGAAGACAAGAGAAAGACAAUGCGUCUGCGAGAAUGGAUUAUCGCUCAGAUUGAGAGCGGAAUGUAUUCGGGACUUUGUUGGGAAAAUUGCGAGAAAAACACGUUUCGAAUUCCUUGGAAACAUGCAGCAAAACAGGACUAUAAGCAAAAUGAAGACGCGGCACUUUUCAAGGCAUGGGCUGUGUACAAGGGCAAGUAUCACGAAGGCCAGGACAAGGCUGAUCCUUCGGUCUGGAAGACGCGUCUACGUUGUGCUCUCAACAAGAGCAGCGACUUUGUGGAGAUGCCAGAACGCAGCCAGCUGGACAUCAGUGAGCCCUACAAAGUGUACAAGAUCCAGACUGACCAAGAUAGUCCAGGGAAGCGGGUAACCUUGGGUAUCUGUUCGCCAAGCACAACUCUCAGGGCGCUGGCGAAAUGCCACAUGGAGUGUGUUUCUCCAGUCCAGGCCAAGGAUCGAGGCUGGGAAGGGAAGACGGACCCUGCUUGUCUGCCCCAGCAUCCUGCAGGUAUGGAUGCUAGAGGGGCGUCCUGCCCGUGGUCUGUGUUGGGAGAGCCGGGUCCUGCUGUCACCCGUCCGUUUGUGCCGCUCUCCAGCCACGAAGUGAUUCAUAUAUCAGAGUUUCGGUUGCGAGUGUGUCUCUUCUACCAGGGCCAGAUGGUCCAGGACUUCACCACCAGCACACCAAGGGGCUGCUGGAUCUCGCACGGCGCAGUGCCCGCAGAGGACGAGCGUGUGUUUGGCCUGAGGGCUGCGGAGCAGCUCCGCUUCCCUCUUCCAGAGAUCAUUCGGACCACGGGCGCCGUGUGUGAGGUCAUGGGUCGCCUGCUGCCCCACCUGCAGCGGGGUGUACGGGUGUGGGUCACCCAGGACGGGGUCUUCAUCAAGCGCUUCUGCCAGGGCCGCGUGUACUGGGGUGGUCCGCUAGCCCAGCAUCAGGACCGGCCCAACAAGCUGGAGCGGGAGAAAACCUGCAAAGUUCUGGAUGUAUACGUCUUCCUCCAAGAGUUGAGGCUGUUCCUGCAGGGGGCUGGACCCAAGCCUAAAUUUACGAUUGACCUGUGCUUUGGAGAAGAAUACCCAGAAUCUAUAGAGAGCAAGGCCAAGAAGCUCAUUACUGCGGAAAUCGAGCCAUUGUUCGCCAGAAAUAUGAUGAGCAGUGCUCUGGACCUCCCAGCGGACAUGGUACUGCAGGUCCGGGACUCGAGGGAGCACCAGCAGCGAGUGGCGGAACAUUCUGGGCCAGACUUACGCCUGUAAACGAGCUGCCACCUGCAUCUUAUGGGUGAAGCCCCACACCUGACAGAGUGUGGAGCUGAAUGUCCACUGUGGUCUCUGCUGU